AAUGUUUUACUUUCUCAGUCCUAAGCGGUUGUCCAAUCGGGCUCUCAUUCUUGUUGUUGGCCCACAUAGUGUGUUUUCAAAAUGACUAAAAAUACAGGCAAAAAUACGUCAUAUAUUCAACAACCUGGCAAUGGAAACCCAAUUCACUUACAUAUACCUGGCGAUACACCGAUCCAUCUUCAUGUCAAUAAAAAAACACAGGUGUCUCGUAUGUCUGGUUCGACAACUCCAAAAACACCUGAUACCAGUCAGUACCAAGCACCAUGGGUCCCACCACCAGGAAAAACAAGUUCAGGGCGGUACGUAUACGACCCGACACGUCGCGUAAGAAUGAAGUCUAAUGAAAGGAAAUCCCGAUCACGUUCUGUGGAAUCUAUUAGUGAUGUACAUAAGGAUUUUAUACAGUUAAAUGGUAUGGAAUCUGACAAAGAGCCACAGGAUCAGUACUCUAAACAAUUUAGUCCCCAUGAUAAUAUUUCGAUGCAAGAGCAACCAUAUAGUUCUGUGAAGCAUAAGGAAACAAUUAAGCCUACCUAUAUCGCAGGAAAGAACAAGGAUUUUGAAGGCAGACUAAAUGAUGGAUCAUUGUUGACAAAUGUGGUUUUAGAUGAAUGGAUUAAAGACUUGGAUACUGCGACUAAUCAUAUUGCGAAAUCAGCAAGAAAUAUAGUGGAUUGUCUAGAACAGGUUGCAUAUGAAGGAAGACGUGUUGACUCACAUGAUAUGUCACGUAUUGUUCAACCAAGGGAUGAGUUACUAUUACAUGCUGAAGUCGCUGGGUGUGCAGGACGAGAGUUAUGUCGCUGGGCUUCAAGUAUUCAACAACAACAAGAUCAAAUUUUAAAUAAUCGCUUAGCUCAGACACAAAACCGUGAAGCCACUUUAACCUCUGAAGUUCGACGUUUGACAGAAAAACUGGGCCGAAUGGAAGUUGAUUUGGAACUGGCUCGUAAACAAUUGGAUGAACAACAAAAUGAAAGCUUAAAAUUCAAUACAGUACAUGAAUCCAUGGAGUCUGUUAAAAAUCACUUGCAACGUCAACUACGUCAACGUGAAUCAGAAUGCAGCCGUUUGUCUGUCCAAGUACGUAAUUUGGAAACUCGUCUAGCAGAACAGCAAGCACAGAAUCAAGCUCGUCUGGAAACAGCUGAAGUCAGUUUAGAACGUAUGCGAGAAACAAAAGAAGCAUUGAAACGAGCUGCUAAGUCACAGAAACGUCGUGCAGAUGAAGCUGAAGAAGCAUAUCGUGAAAUUUCUCACAAGCUUGCUACUCAAGAGUCUAUUAUAGCUGGUUUUCAGGAAAAUCUCCGAUUACGUGAAGUAGCUUCGAAAUGCGAACAACGUUUACAUGCAGCUGAAGAAGAACUACAGCAUCUGCGUACUAGUUUGUCCACUUGUGAAGCUUUACUAAAUGAUUAUCACGGAGAUGCUGCAAUGCAGGCUAGUCGACUACAUACGUUGAAUGAACGAUUAAAAAAAACAGAAUCUGACAGAGAGCGUAGUCAGAUUCAGUUGGAUGAUGUAGAACAAAGAUUGCUUGAAGCAGAACACCGUAAUCGUAUUCUAGAGGAUGCGUUACAAUCAAAGGAAUCCCAGAAAGGCGAUUAUGUGGCUAGCACUCCGGUCAAUACAAAACAAUCAUCGAAAUUAGGAGAAUGCGACCAACAAUUGCAUUUGGACCGUGAGGAUUAUUCUGGUCAGAACAGUCAACUGAAUGGAAGUGCUGUAAGUGGUUUGUGUAUGAUUUUCGAAUUUUCUCUGUGAAUAAUUCAGUGUUAUACAAAGAAAGGAAAGAUAAUAAAAUGGAUUUGACUAUAAAGAAGUAUAAAUACGGUUUUGUGCUUGAGACUAUAAGUUACAUUUAUUGUGUGAUGACUAGUAAUGCUAAAGCGCAAUCAAAAUCCUGAUAAUAUACAAUUAAAUUCCAAAAUGUAGCUCAUUUGGUUGUAUUUUGUUAACUAAGUAAAACAGUGAAUUACACUAAUUCCAAGCAGAAAAUAAUGUGCUACUACCAGAUAAAAAUGGCAUUUUAGCACAUAAAAAUUACGAACUAUUAAUUUAUUAACAAAUAUUUUUUGAAUUAAAUUGACCAAUUUUAUCUGGCUAGUAAGUAAGGAAAAUAAACAAUCGCAUUAUGUUCCAUCCAGAUGAUAUGAUAUUCCAUCUGGACGUUAAUAAACAAUUUGUACAUUCAAAUUUUGAACCACUACUAUCGGUGGGUCUCAAGCACUCAUAUAUUAAGUUACUCAGUAAAUAUACUUCAGAAGAUAAAACUUCUGAUACUGUGGAAUUAUUAUUAGAAUUGCCGAAAGACGAGAAGUAUUGAUAAUUAGAUUCAAACCGAUUAUUAAACAGUAGACAAUACAAAAAUAAAUAUGUGUUAUCUCAUACUUAUUCAAUAGUUCUUCAAACUAACAAUGAUAUAACUCAUUUAUCACAUACAGGUAACUGUACUUACUGGGUUUUGAAGCAAAUGGCUUGUAUGAGUGUAAGUGAUAUUAACCAGCUUCCCAGACGAAACUCGGAGAACGGGUUCCAAUCUGUGGCUUAAUGGUUGAAUAUUGAGCUCUUCUGACUAUUAACUCAUUACUCACUUUCUAUUAAUCAGGUCAAGUUUUAUUGUUUUUAUGCAUAUUUUCCGAAUGAUUUCAAAAUUAAUUCAGUUAUAGUUGUUUCUUGUUUUGCUAAAUUCCAUUCUACUUGUAUUCAGAAUAUAGGCAUAUCAAAAGAUCAAAAUAUAACAGGCACAACAAAUAAUGAAUUAAUUCAAGAACUAAGAAGAGAAUUAUGUGAAGCUCAGAACGAAAAAAAACAAAUAGAAAAUCGUACUGAAAUACGUUUAAAUGAUUUGAGAGCUCAAUUGAAUCAAGCUGAUGCAACGAACCGAAGUUUACAGGCAUAUUUAACAUUUUUAAAGCGUUCUUAUGCUAGUGUAUUCCAACCAGACAUGUUAAUAAAUCCUUCAUUAAUCAGUCCUUGUCAACCUAUUGCAUGUUCGUUAACAACUCAAUUGACUACCAAUAAUACAAUAUCAAAAAGUACACAUCGUGAAUGUGUAUAACCCCUAAGACUAUAUGUAUACAAACACACAAAACAGUAUUUGGAAAACGUGCUUCCUCAAUAAACAUCACUUAACAGUGAUGUCUAUCACUUCUUGUUGCUAUCUUAUUUUAUGAACACCAGUUUAUUAAACAAUGCAGGAAAAAUUUACCUAAUUCAGUAUAUAAGUUUCUUUUGGCCUUUUUUAAGGCUUUCUUUUAUUUUCUCUUGAUCCUAAAUUAAGUUGAUUGAAACUUGGGAGAAAAAACUAGAUUUCUUUCUCCUGUAAUCUCUAGUAUACAAAAUAUAUAAUACUCACUAUGUUACGCAUACUUCGAUUCUAUUGCCUGUGAUAAUUUUGUUAAGGAUACUUGUUUUUAUACUUUCAUCAUUAUUACUUCUCUUGGAAUGGUAUUUAGUAUUAUCAUUACUAAUGGCUAAUUUUUCUCUAAUAAUUUCCGUUUAUGCUUAUCGAUUUUUCUAAAAAUCAAAUUGUUAGUAUUGG